AUGAAAAACACUCACAACCGUGUACGACGUUCUAAUACAGUAAUCGCUCCACAAGUACAAGAUGUACAACGAUUUGAAGUAGAGAUCGUCCCGAAUAGAACAGAUCAGCCAUCAGGAUUGCAGCCUAAAGAUAUGAAUAAUAUACUGUCCGAUGAUUUUAACGACGGGAAUGAUGAAAUGUGCGUAGAAGUUUUGAGGAAUGCUGAAAGUGCUGGAUUAUGCAAUACGACAAAACUUGCUGAUUUAUUAAAAUCAAUUGUUGCCAUAUCGCCAAUUAAAUUUAAUUUAAAACUAGAAGCAACGUACAGUCAGCCUAAUGUAGAAAACUCUUCACAAAACAGGUCUUUCAAGACAUCGGCUAGGCCAAUCUUUAUUGAUUCGGAUAUAACUUUAUUAAUAGAUGAGGCUUUCACUACAUUAUUACACGAGGAGGAAAUUUAUGUAGCAAAGGGUAGUGGUUAUGUUUUGGAAUCUAUCGAUGGACUUUUAUUAACAAUUUACAAAUACACACCCAUGGCUGGCUCAUCCUACAUUAAGCUCCCACCUUCUUUAAUUAAUAAACUGGCUACAAUUAACCCACAAAACAAUGAUCAAUAUUGUUUUAAAUGUGUAAUUUUAGCAAAGCACGUGACAGAUCCAAAUAAACAUCGAGUAGGCGAAAAUUAUUACCAGCAUGAGAACAAAUAUAAUUUCACAGGCUUGUCAUUCCCAACACCGUGGUGUGAAGUUAAAAUUUUUGAAAAAAAUAACCCGGGAGUGUCUGUAAAUAUUUACGGGGUUAAAAAAAUAUCUAUAGAACAUACACGUAGGCAUAAUGAAAAUAAUCAGUGUAAUCUUUGUAAAUGUAUCCUUAAUAAAAAUGAUAAAGUCCGUGAUCAUUGUCACCUGUCCGGAAAAUUUAGGCAGACAUUAUGUUCUAAAUGUAAUAUUAGUUUACAACAGCCUAAGUUCGUUCCAUGUUUUUUUCAUAAUUUAACUAAUUACGAUGCUCAUUUUAUAGUCACUGAAUUGGGAUAUGAUGCAAAAACAAUAAAAGUAAUUCCUAAUAGCGAGGAAAAAUUUAUAACAUUUUCAAAAUAUAUUAGCAAAUCGUUUACCAUACGAUUUGUUGACACGUGUAGGUUUAUGGCAACAAAGUUGGAGGAUUUAGCUAAAAAUCUUUUGACGCAAGAUUUUGCGAAAUUCUGUGAAACAUCUAAGCGUUUUUCUGCCGAGGAUAUGCCACUGGUUACCCGAAAGGGGGUAUACCCAUAUGAAUAUACGGAUGACUGGUCCAAGCUUGAACAAACAACUCUACCACCAAAGGAAGACUUUUAUAGCUCAUUGAUGGAAAAAAACAUUGAAGAUAGUGAAUAUCAGUUUGCGACCGAGGUCUGGGAUCACUUUGGAUGUCGAACACUUGGCGAAUAUUCUGAUUUGUACUUAAAAAUUGAUGUGCUUUUACUGGCAGACGUUUUCGAAAAUUGUCGUGAUGUGUGUAUAAAA